AUGUCUCAGUCAGGCAAUAUCCUGCACCUGUAUGUGGAGGUGAGGUCUGUCCCGGAGGAAGAGAAGGAGUUUGGGGGUGGUGUGGAGGGUAUUCACCCACUAGUGCUCCAAGGGCCUGACAUCCUACCUCAGUCCCAGCACACGCCCAGCCACUCCACCUGUACCUGCACCUCCACCCCCAGCCCAGCCUCCAUGUCCCCAGGGGGGGUGCAUAAAAUUGGGGGCAGCAGUCCCAGCCUCACCCCCUCCAAGUCCUCCUCCAGACACUCUGUCAAUUUCCAGCUGGACCUACCGGACAACUCAGGGCCACCCAUCCACCACAGGCAAAGUCUGGGGAUUGGUCAACUGCUCUCCACUCUCCAGCCUGCACCCAAUGGGCCACAGUAUGGAACUCUGGUGCGUGCCCGCUCCUCAGACAUUGAGCACUACCACGGGAGGGUGCCCCUAUCCCCUGCCUCCUCUGGGAGAUUAACUGCCCCCUCCACUCCAACCAGUGGGUGCAGGUCCUACGAUGGCUCUGGUGUGGGGGAUGGGGGCAAGCGCUCUGUGGUCAGCUUUAGCUACGUAGAGAAAGCCAGCAUUAAGUCUGUGGACAGCCCCCGCAGUGCUUUGUGCCAAAGUAUACCUGAGAACCCCUUCAGUAUAGGCAUGGAGGAGAGGUAUCUGCCUGCCCACCUCAGGAAGAGGCUUAGUGACCCUGUGUGGUCGGACAGCUGGCAGCCCUCCGGUAGCUCCAGCCCCAAACUGUCCCCCAGGGGCUCCCCCUGUCUCCGCAGGGCCACUCUGGACACUGUAGCCAGAGAAGCCACCUACAGGGCCAUGGAGGAAUUUGGCACCCCAGAACUGAGGCGCAGACUGGCAGCCUACAGGCCAGACCAGAGCCCCAGCUUGCCCCGGCACUACCAGCAGCAGCCCCGCUGCAAGUCCUGGGGUGGGUCCCCGGUCCUGCCUCAGGGUGCCAAAACGCUGCCCGUCAAUGCACACCUCAUAGACCCAGACAGGAACCCUGGUUUAAAUGGCCUCCCCAGAAGCCCAGCUUCUGACCAGCUCUUCGUUCAAGCCAGGCAGUCUUACUACAAAUACACCAUGUCCCCCUCGAGUGUUCGCCACCACCAUGGUGUCCAUAACAACAGGCUGGACCUGGGGGAUGAGAGCCCCAGGUUGUCCUCCAAGUUUGGGGAUGAGAGCCCCAGGUUGUCCUCCAAGUUUGGGGAUGAGAGCCCCAGAUUGUCCUCCAAGUUCCACCUGCCUUUACCUACAGGGAGGCCCACUGCAAUCCAGCAUGACAUACCAUCAAGCAUGAUUACCAGCACCUCAGCCUCUUGCAAUCAGAGGACUAGCAGUCACACCAGCAGCCACACUCCUAGCGAUAGCCCCUGCUUACCCAACAAGGUCAACUCCAAACAGACAGGUCAGUCAAAUGGUAGCAAGCUGGGAGAGGGAUUGAACCAGACCAGUGGCAGGAGAAGUAUCUCCCAGGCCACUAGCCCUGACAUGGCCUGUAAGCUGGCAGAGGAGGCUACCAAGCUUCCCACCAUCCUCAUGGACAGGAGGACUCCCUCCCCCACCCCGUUCCAGGCUGACUCGGCCAGGUCAGAGAGCCCCAGGCCUGGCUACCUCUCUAGGGAGUCUCAACCCUAUGCCACCCUCCAGGGCACGGGUUCUCCAGCGCAGCACCACCCUGAAGCUAACAGUAACACCCACCUCCAGGACCACAGGUGGACAGACAAGGAGUCUCCUAGUGCUGGACGCCACUCCAGAGAGUCCAGACCAGGCCAAGGCUUGGGGCAAGCCUCUCCACUCCUACAGCAGAAGGGCAUCUCCUCCCCAGCCAUGCCAGUUAAGCUGCACCUAGUGGUGGAUUCCCACACCCCUAUUGUAGACCCUCGGCUGCAGAGAGCUGAGCUGCUGGCGAAAGACGGCCCCACCCUGCACCGCCACCAGCCCCCACAGUACAUGGGAGACCGGGGCUCCCCCGGCCUGUAUAGGAGACAGUACGACACCCUCUUUGACAGAGGGGGUCCGAGGGACAGCCCGGAGAGCAGCAGGCGCCUGGUUAUAGGCCUUGACGUGGAGCCACCAGACAGCUGGACCUCCAGGAUGCAGCAGUGGAGGGAGAAUGUGUCCGUUGCGGACAAAGAGGAGUCCAAUAGGGAGGAUCAGACUGCUGAUGGUGAUGGAGUGUGUGUGGUGACCAAGGAAGAGCUGCAACAGAGGAGGGAUGAUGCAGCUGUGUUGGGGUAUCAGAGGGAUAAACAUGGGGUAAACAGGGGGGAGACCCAGGACCAUAGCGAACUGCUGGGGUCUUCCCAAAGCUCCAGUGGAGUGACAGGCAGUCUGGGGGAAAGCAGUCAGCCAGAGAGGUACUGUCUGUCUCCAGAGACAUCCAGCCAGUCCAGCCAGAAGAGCAAUGACACUGAAGACACUGCUUCUGGGAUGCAGGUGGGUGAGCGAGAGUGUGUGUGUGUAAGAGAGACUGUGUAAGAGAGAAGUGUGCAUUAUCCCUUAUCAUAUACUCAAUCAUUCUCACUGUCUUUCAUCAGUCGGACAGCCGUUCCUCUGUGCUGGGCCCGUCCUUGCACUCUCAGAGGAUUGCCCAUGCCAAAUGGGAGUUCCUGUUCGGACAGCCCACAGAGGACUGCCAUGAUUCUAAAGGUGGGCGGUCCUGUCCUGAAAGAGCUCUAAUCACUGUCUUACUCCUCCUCCUCCUCUAGUUCAGACUUCCUAGUUCGUCAGCCCCUUCUCAUGAGCAAGCAGCUAGCUACACAAUACUCCUGUAAUCCAAUUAGCUUUGGCUAGAUUUGGCUUUAGAGCCAUCAUGGCCUGGCAUUAGCUCUGUCCUUUUUUAACUCUGACUGACUCGCAUCCUUCUCUUGCAACACAAACACUUUCUUUGUUCACCCAAAAGGUUACAGCACUUUAUUGAUAGUUUAGAGCAGGGGUAGGUAACUAGAUUUAGCCGGGGGACGUUUUGGUCGGGGGGUGGGAACAUCUUUAUAAUAAUUUGUACUCUGCAAAUUGACCACAACUAAGACCAAAAAGAGAUUGUAUUUUCAAAUACAAUCAUUUCAUACCUUGAUUACAUUGAGACACGAUCACAUAUCUCUUUUUUUAUUUGUGGGAAUACUUGGGAACCGAUUUCUUAAAUUAAACUUGACCAAAAACGGGGGGGGGGGGGGCACAAAUGAUCACUCACUGGUCAGUUUUAGCCCCUCAGGCUGCCUGUCGCCGACCCCUGGUUCAGAGUCUAGACAUCUCAGCAUCACACAUGGCUAAUGUCUUUCAUUUAAUGUGUACUUUCCUGUUAACGAAAUGUAGACCUUAGAGAAUCUGUCCCCUUGUGUUUGACUACAUUUUCCUUAUCCCUUCUCUGCAUCUCACACUCAUUUUCCAUCAGUCACUAUUGUAUUACAGUAUUCAUUACAGACAGUGUGUUAUAGGCCCCAAAACCGUGAAUGUCUUCACAAUAAACUGUACCGUCAUAAUAACAAUCUAUACAUUUAGAAGAGGUCAUUUUAUUACAUUUUCAUGGUCUUUAGAACAGGUCAUUUUACUUAGUGCUACAAAAACAUUCAGGGCUCUAUUUGAACAAACCUAACGCAAUGGUAAAUCUUAGCGCUGGCGGUAGUAUUAUAGGUUUGGGGGUGUCAUAAAUAUUUUUGCUAUUUUCACAACUGGAGUUAUGGGCACAGUAGCUGGCGGUGGCGCGAAAGGGCUGGGUUUUGAUGAAUAAACAAGUUCUGGGUGUGUCGAGGCUUGGUGUCUCACUGGCCAAUCAGAAUGUGCUCCAUGGCUAAAUAUGUGGUUGCUUCAAGUUGUAUAUUUAUGGUCUCUUAUGUAUUGCCUUGUCAUCAACUCAUUUACAUUUACGUAAUUUAGCAGACGCUCUUAUCCAGAGCGACUUACAAAUUGGUGCAUUCACCUUAUAGCCAGUGGGAGACUGUGUAUAACUCCAAUUCAAAUGUUACUCCAUUAUAGCCUAGUUCGUUAAAUAGCGUGCCCCAUAUUUGCUAAAUAUGUUGAACAUGUUGGCAGUACACAUUGUUCUAAUUGCGUUGCUUCAAUAUGGAAAUACAUUGCUAAACAUAGGCUAUAGCAUUAACACUGAUAUAGGGGCUAGGCCUACUGUAAAUUGCAAUUUGUACAUGGACAUGCCAAGCGGUGUCGAUAAGUAAGAUUGAAUUCACUAGGCUAUUUAUAAGGCCUAAAAAGACAGUGUAUAAUUAUAAUCAAAUUCUAAUAAAAACAAAUCAACAACUUGUUUUAAAUAGGCUAUGUCUAUAUACAGUUACAGGCACCAUAAUUGCUCCCCAUGGGUGUAUAAUACAGACAAGGCAACUUAGACUAUGGAGAGUUUUACGCACAUCCAAACUUUUCACAGGAGCUGGAUAAAGAUCCAAUAUAAAGAGAAAGGGGCAAUGUCCAUUCACUGUUAUACUGAUCAAAAAUGUAAUGUUUUAUAAACAUAAUGGAACCAUCUUAUAGAUCAUAUUUGCAGACGAAAUCUCAUUACAUUCGAGCCAUGUACGUUCUCACCAUAAACCCGUGGACGGUGAACCUUUCUAGUAAGUUAGUUUUUCUUUUAAUUUGAAACCCAACAACAAUAUUUCUAAAUAGGAUUGGGUCAGAAGCAUGAUAUCAUAAAUCACUUCUUCUCAAUACAUGUCACUGUGUGCACACGUAGGUCUAAAUGUCUUUACACAUAACAUUCGCACGUCUAUACAAUUGACAGGAGCCUAGUAUUUUGUAUCAUUGCCUAUGUGCGAGGCACUUUUGAUUUUUUUUUUUUAUCCACUGUUGAUAUGGCAUUAUAGGAGGACUUAAUAAUUUGGAGGAGCAUGUAUUUGGUAAUCGGACGAGGUGAGCCCUUUGAAAAUGGGGAUGGAUAGCUUACUUGAAAAAGUUAAAGACCAUUUAAAAUCUCUUUAUUCAUAUGCUACGUUUGGCUAAUGGCCAGGAGAAAAAGAUGCACCUAUGCAAUACUGCUAAAUCAGCCUUUAUUAAGGGGAGGGUAGGCUAUGCUUGGUUUUUAAUCGAAAUGGGGGGGAAACCAAUCGGUUUCGAAAUACAAGAUUCACUGGCACAAAACACAUUUCUCUCCUUCCAUGGGCACUGUGCGUCAUGGCUGGUUUUUAAGGACACACCUUAAAUAUUGCCACCCCUCCCACUUCAGCGCAAGCGAGCUGAUGUUAAACAGGUAAAUUGCCGAACCUGGCUUUAGUGCUAGAAAAGGUCAUUGCGCCAGUUUUUACAUGACAAAAUUGCAAAUUAACAUGCAUUUGACACUUGUGCCUCCUUGGCACCAGCUGAAAAUAGAGCCCUGAAUGUUAUUACCAUAGUCAGUCCUCUCAAUACACAGUACCAUCAUAAUGGAAUACAAUCUAUAAAUUGACUUCUGGUCUUUAGAACAAGAAAUGUUUGACUAUUUGUGCAUGGUUUUUAGAACAUGGCAUUUGACUAAAACACUUUUACAUCCUCUGUCUUUUUCGAUAUCCCAGACUCCUCUACAGCCCCCCCUAGGGGCACCUCCAGUGGGUCUCCCAAGCCCACCCCUCCCUCCUCCCUGCCCCUGAAGCCCACAAGUCACUGGAGGGGGCUGGACGAUGAGGGCCAGAGUUUAUCCUAUCACAACGUCCAACAGGUGGAGGUGGAGCUGGUGACUCCGCCCCCAGUCACUGUGGUUGGCAUCUCACCCAAGACGGGCAUCAUCCGGAAAACCAUCAAGUACUCUGAGACGGACUUAGAUGCGGUGCCCCUGAAAUGCUAUAGGGAAACAGACCUGGAUGAGGUAAUGUUAGCUGAGGCCCAGGCAGAGAGAGAGCGAGAACAGGAGGAGGUGGAAGUGGACUCUGCCUUUGGGAGUAACCGCAGUGUGCUGGGCACCUUGUCCUCCAGCGCCAGUACCAUAGUCCGCACUGACGGAGAGGUGGAGGAGCUGGAGGAGGAGGUGGUGAGCUGGGCCAGUGUGAGGAUGCAGGGGGAUAAGAAGAGACAGCAUGCCACCCAGGAGGAUAAUCAGAUACACAGUCUGCUGCUGAAGGGGUGAGACAUUCACUGAAGUUCAAACACACCAUACCUUGAAGGCAAUUAUAGAGAGAUGAGUUUAACACCUCAUACCUACAGUACCUGUACCUACCUCAUAUCUAAAAUACUUGUUACAAAUGUCUUAAAUUGUGUCUUCAUUGAAAAAAUGUACAGAUCUGUUGCACUUGUAGAAAAACCUUUACAUCCUUUUUUCCUGUAGUCGUCCCCUGGACAACAUAUCGGAUUCUCAGUCAGCCCUCAAGUCCCCCAUCUCAGUGAACAGCCCUCGCAGGACCUCUGCGGAUGGCCUGGACUCCUUCAGCCGCCACUUUGAGAGCAUCGUGGAGUCUCACCGGGCCAAGGGCACCUCCUACAGCAGCCUGGACAGCGUUGACCUCUUGACCUCCAGCGGCCCGCCCGUUUUCACCUUUGACCUUCCCACCCUCACCCCUGAGAUCCAGAGCCGGAUUUGUGAGAGUGCGCGUCACAUCAUCGAGCUGAGUUUUGCCCCCCUGGCCCAUCCAGAGCCUCCCAGUGUGUCUGUCGCCGUCCACUCUGAGAACACCCUGGCCCCCACAGGAGACGGGCUCAGCAGCUCAUCUGAGAAGGAUUCUACUUCAGGAGGGAAGUCCCGGUUGGAGAAAGACUCAUUGCAAACUAAGUCUAACUUAGACUUGCCUCUCAUUAGGUGAGUGACAAACAGUCCAACUGAAAGCAUGGACAUCUAAGGUGUACUUAAUUUAGACUGUUUUGUAUCAGCAACUUUGCUGUGUCCGUGCAGGAGAAAGUGGUCACACGCACGCACAAAAUCACAAUCCCUUCACCAACCUCUACAGGAUCAUUUAGCUGUGAUAUCUCUUGAAUGCAUUUUUGUGUUUGUUUACCAUUGUUAGAAAGAUGUGUGCUGGAGAUGGUGGUGUCAACACGUACAGUGAGCUCCAUAUUAUUAUAUAUUUUUUGGCUCUGUACUCCAGCCCUUUGGAUUUGAAAUGAUACAAUGACUAUUACUGUCAGCUUUAAUUUGAGGGUAUUUUCAUCCAUAUCGGGUGAACCGUUUAUAAAUUACAGCACUUUUUGUACAUAGUCCCCCCAUUUUAGGGGACCAAAAGUAUAUGGGACAAAUUCACUUAUAUGUGUAGUAAAAAGUUUAGUAUUUGGUUCCAUAUUCAUAACACGCAAUGACUACAUCAAGCUUUUGACUCUACAAAUUUGUUGGAUGCAUUUGCUGUUUGUUUUGGUUGUGUUUCAGAUUGUUUUGUGCCCAAUAUAAAUGAAUGGUAAGUAAUGUAUUCUGUCAUUUAGGAGUCACUUUUAUUGUAAAUAAGAAUAGAAUAUGUUUCUAAACACUUCUACAUUAAUGUGGAUGCUACCAUAAUUACGGGUAAUCCUGGAUGAAUCGUGAAUAAUGAUGAGGGAGAGAGUUACAGACACACAAAUAUCAUACCCCCAAGACAUUUACAUUACAUUUACAUUUUAGUCAUUUAGCAGACGCUCUUAUCCAGAGCGACUUACAGUUAGUGAAUAUAUAUAUAUAUUUUUUUAUACUGGCCCCCCGUGGGAAUCGAACCCGCAACCCUGGCGUUGCAAACGCCAUGCUCUAUCAACUGAGCUACAUCCCUGCCGGCCAUUCCCUCCCCUACCCUGGACGACGCUGGGCCAAUUGUGCGCCGCCCAUGAGUCUCCUGGUCGCGGCCGGCUGCGACAGAGCCUGGAUUCGAACCAGGAUCUCUAGUGACACAGUUAGCACUGCGAUGCAGUGCCUUAGACCACUGCGCCACUCAGGAGUUGACAUGCUAACUCAGGACAAGACAUGCUAACCUUUCCCUGUUAUUGUAAUGGUGAGAGUAUAGCUUGUCUUGGGAGUAGGAUAUUUAUCAUUCAUUUCUAUUGGGUACAAAAUAAUCUGAAACAUAACCAAAACAAACAGCAAAUGCAUCCAGCAAAUUUGUAGAGUCAAAAGCUUGAUGUAGUCAUUGCGUGCUAUGAAUAUGUGACCAAAUACUAAACUUUUGACUACUUUAACAAUUUUCCCCAAUACUUUUAGUCCCCUAAAAUGGGGGAACAAUGUACGAAACGUGCUGUAAAUUCUAAAUGGUUCACCCAAUAUGGAUUAAAAUACCCUCAAAUGAAAGCUGACAGUCUGCACUUCAACCUCAUAGUCAUUGUAUCAAUUCAAAUCCAAAGAGCUGGAGUACAGAGCCAAAACAACAACACAAUUGUUACUGUCUCAAUACUUUUGGAGCUCACUGUAUUUUGCUAUAUGAAGAUCCUAUUAUAAGAUAUAGUAUCCUAUUAUGCUGUUUCAUAAUGGUAAACCGCUUAAUGCUGCUUUGGUAAUACAGCUCUUUACUGCUCCUAGACGACCUACAAAAGCACUGUCACUAAAAUCUCAUGUGUUGUCCCUUGAAUGGUUGUUCCUAAUUACUUCGAUUGCAUUUGGAGUUUAGAGCCUAUAAUCUAAGCAUGUAUGACAUAUGUUUGGUCUGGUAUUUCCAAUAAUGACAGAUAGUGUCUGUUUUGCAUACAGCUGUUUUGAUCAGCAUCUGUCUGACCUGAUCAAAUUAACAUAUUAAGCAUGUAGAGAUGCUCCAGACUCGCCAAAGCUCAGAAGGCCUAAUGCUGGAGUGCAAAUAAGACUGAAUUGCCUUCUUCCCACAGUCUCUUUAACUGUGCCCUGCAUUUCACCAUCACACUUACCCCAGGGGAGUCGGAGCUGAGCUCCUCUGAGCGGGUCAUGAGUCCUAGGUGUCUCAAUUCUCAAGAGAUUAGAGAAAUGGUGAAAACCCCUCUAUGUCCAAUUCCUAUUAGAUUAGGAUAUCUCUCCUAAAUAUUUGUGUUUGAAAGGAGCUUCUGGGUAUCACUAAUUCUAACCUAGAGGGCGGCAGGGAGCCUAGCGGUUAAAAGCAUUGGGCCAGUAACCGAACGGUCGCUGGUUCGAAUCCCCGAGUCGACUAGGUGAACAAUCUGUCUGUGCCCUUGAGCAAGGCACUUAAUCCUAAUUGCUCCUGUAAAUCGCUCUAGAUAAGAGUGCUAAAUGAUGAAAAUGUAAAACGUUAUAUGCCUGUUGAACUCAACCGCAGAAAUGUAGUUGUACCACUAGAUGAGGCCAGAGAGCCAUUGUAUUUCUUUUGGAACGUUUAUCCAGAAAGUAGUUAAUACUAGUACAGUACUGUCUGUUACAUGGUAUAGGGUUGACUGUGUUGUGGUUUGAUGUCCUAUGAUUUGGGCUCAGCGGUAUGAUACCUCUCUGGUUAAGGUAUGGAUGUGGACUUGCAGAGUGGACCAUGAGAGGAACUUUUGAUUGGAUGCGGAAAAUCAUUCCUCCGUGGUUGGAAAUGAGUCAUGGUCUGAUUGUAUUUGUGUGCAUGAUGUUUUACUUCUUAAGUGGACAUGUGUAACGCAGAGUGGCUAAUAAGUUGGUGUUAUUUUCAUUCCAAGAUGUAGUAUCUCAGUCCCACCAACCCUGCCAAGAAUGAAGUUAUUAUAACUUAGUUUAUGGGACAAAUUCUAUUAAUAGAGGCCUGAGGAACAUCUGGGUACCCGGGUCCUAUUAGUGAAUGUUCAUUUACGCAUAAGUGUAUAUUAUAUAAAACAUAUGUUCCCAUAUGUGUAGGCUUACUCAUAUCCAGUGUAUCUUGCCAGCUAUUCAGUGAGUGAGCGUGUCCAUGUGUGUGUUGUGUUUAGUGUCACUGGUUUCACUUACAGUCAGUCAAACCCGUUCUGCCAUGCCACCUGGCUCCUUGGUUGCACCGCCUUUCCUGUCAGGCAGCCAAUCAGAUCUGUAGCUCAGCCAGCCAUACUUGGUAACCAUGGCAACUGUGUAUUAACUUCCUGGACCAUGUGAUUUCAGGGUUUUAAAAUAGAAAAGAGACCGUUGGGUGUGAGGUCGACCACUCUUUUGGACUAUUAAGUCACAGGAGGAUACAGUAUCAACAGCAGCGGGGCCACUGACACGGCUCCUUUUUAAGUCACACCAUGAACUCUCACGAUUUCCAAAGUAUUUUGAUCAAACUCCAAAAGGCAGUUUGAUUGAAUCAAAAGCUAAUUUAAAGAUGUGUUACAAAUUGACUUUGAGGAUAUCAAGUUCACUUCAGUUGGCUUUUGAUCCACAAGACAACAAGAGACCCAUUGUUCUACGGCCAGAUUUGUUGGACUGAGUGGUCUGGAAGGAGUCUUAUCUUUGGCUAGACUCUUUACCUUUUGUGCCAGAAGCCAUGUCAACAAUGAUUUUAAAAUAUGAAUUAGUAAAACCAUAAGGUCUGUUCUAUGGUAAAUAUGAAAUAUAUAUUAUUAGUAAAGGAAUAGAUCUGGUAUCAUCAGUCUGUGUGAUGUCAUUGUUGUAUGCUACUUUGAUUAUCUUUCAUUUCCGUUUGUUUGUUUGGCUUUCCUGCAACACUGACACACUGGAGUUUUACUGAAACUGUUCUGUGAUUUUAAAUCUGAUAGGCUACAUGUGUAUUUGUUUAGAGAGAGAGGAGCUCUCUCUAAACAGUAAGUAGGUUAGAAACAUAGAAAGUGGGAUCAGUGGGAGAGAGGGAAGGGGAGAGGAAGAGAAGAGAGAGGGGAAGGGAGGUGGGAUUGCAGCCAUGGAGAGAGGAAAUGCAUGCUUUCUCCAGCAAUAAAAAAUAGCCCAGCUGAUGAGCCAUCCACAGAGAGAGGCACACGACGGAUAAAGACAGAGCGAGAGGGCAGUGAAAGGCUGAGACUGGCCGAGUGUAACUUUGAGUUCAACAAAGAUCCUGCCAAAUUAUUACCACAUACUGUGUCCACACUGGCUUGGAUACUUCAGAGUUCAAAACAAGAGCUACAGGCAGAGACGGAAGAGGAAGCGAGACACCCCACUCUGUUUUUUUCUGGUUCAAUGAACUAAGUAGACCAGACCCAGCUGCUAUUUCAUUCACACCCAGUUAAGUAGACCGGAACUAAUUGUUUUAUUUUAUUUAGUAAACGGCCUAAGCAAAGACACUACAGUUUGAAACUCUGUGGUGGUUUAGAAACUCUGUGGCCUGUGUGAACUAUCUUAAUUUAUCCACCAUCUUUGCUACAGGGAGCCGGAGAGGGAGGAACUGACAAAGCGAGCGAGAGAGUUAAAGAGAGAGUGGCAGACGGGACAGCAGGGGAGGACAGCAACAGAUUAGGGCGCCAAAUAAGGCAAAGAGAGUAUCCAGACACAAAGGAGGGGAAAUGGAAGAGAACAUGUUGUGAAAUGCACCAUGAGGCUCUGCUAGGCUCAGGCUGAGAGCAGUGCAGUGUCGGGUGUGUGGCUGGAGGAUCGAUGUGGUCAGUGGGACAGACUGUUGACUGGCAGGGUUACCUCACCGCGGAGUGCCGUGGUUGGGUGUGAAAGGGGCAGGGCUCUGGGGACAACAUGGCACGCUAUUUGCUCUGCUGGGGGGGCGGGGCUUUGGAAGACGGGUACCUGUAUGCCCCCUACCCAGCCAUUUACCGGUGAGUUCCCCACUGUACUAUACCUACCUCCAUCUGCCUGUCCUGCUUUCUGUCUGUUUGUCAGAGGUGUGUGGAUCUUAACAGUGUUAUGGACAGCAGAGGUUGACUUUAUCAUGUGCUUUUUACAUUGUUAUGAAUGGUCUAAUGUUAUGAAAUGUUUAAGUGUGAGCUGAUUAUCUGUGUUGCUGUGACUCUUAGCUGGCUGGACAGUGUUAUACAGUGUCUGGUAAGAAAUGGGUGCUGUACAUUACAUUGAUGUACAGGGUGAGCGUGACAGUGUGUGUUCAGAGAAACUAUGUGGCACCUCAUGGUGUUAUUAAUAGAGUGAUUAAUACCUGUUGGCUCUAGUCCUUACGACAGAGGCUCACCUACAGUGUUCUCAGAUCAGCAGCCUUGGCUUCACCUAGGAGGGGGGAGUUAUUCAGUUACUAUAAUAACCUACAACCAAAGAAGGUUGACUGUUCUCAUGAUGCAGCACAACCAGUUUAUGAAACUGCUGUUUUGGGGACAUAAGAUGUUGGCUUGCGAUAGAGCCAAUUUGUAUAACUUUACAACCAACUUUACAAUCAACUGUAAAGUUAAGGACAUAACCUGGUGUUAAUAUAAAGGCUCAAGGCUGUGGUCUGGUUUAAAUGUUGAGACUUUUCUAUAGAGCUCUGUCUCUCCAUGGACGCUGUUGAAUGAAAUGUCCGCCGGCCACUCCUGCUAUCGUCCCUGAAAAGAACACUGGCUUCCUCGCCACACCCUGGAAAAUAAGUCUGGGAGUCUUUCUCUCUCUCUCCCUUUCUGUGGAGGAGUGGAUCAUAAACACAUUGUUUUAAGAAUAAACAAACUCAGCCCCCUGCUACUUAUCUCCCCACCCGCCUCCUUUGUGGUGGACCAUUCUGUCAGAGGGGGUGACCCAAAGGGCCGGUGGAAUAAACCAAACACAACCAAUAAAUAGGGGUGUUCUUUAUCCUGAGAUGGGUUGCUACCUUGCUGUGGAGGUUUGAAAGGAGUCAUGCGUUUGAGGAGGAACUCUCUUGGCGAAAAGCAAGGUGGACCACUAACCAAAGGACCACGCUGUUCAUUUGGUAGGGCAGAUUACUUCAUCUUAUCUCGAUGGGGAUUCACCCACUGUAAAUGCAUGGGCAUUUCUGCGAUGAAUGGACUCUCUACCAUGUUGUUGUAGGAAGGAUUUGCUGACAGUUCCAUCCACGCUCUUAAAGGGGCUCUCCGAUUAUUUUCUCAAAUGUCUGCAGAGACAUAAGUCUAACUUUAGUCAAUUUGCUUUGUGACUAUUGUGGGUAUAGUUUGUAGAUGUGAAUGGAAAUGUUUAUCCUUUGAAACAACUCUCUUUUUUAUAGAUAAUUAAUUGACAUUAUGGUGAUUUAUCCUUUCCAUACAUGACUCAUAUCAUUGCAUACAUAUUUUCCACUAGGAAAUAGCUUAUUACUAAAGCACUGUGCAUGGACUUUUUUCUAGAAAUUCUCCAGCACAUUUACAUGUCCUUGACUUGGUGCUGCGUUACCGCUUGCCGUGUGGUAGCAGAGAGAACAGUCUAUGAUUUGGGUGCUGGAGUCUUUGACAAUUUUGUGGGCCUUCCUCUGACACCGCUUAGUAUAUAGGUCCUGGAUGUCAGGAAGUUUGGCCCCAGUGAUGUACUGGGCCGUACGCACUACCCUCUGUAGUGCCUUGCGGUCGGAGGCCGAGCAGUUGCCAUACCAGGCGGUGAUGCAACCAGUCAUGAUGCUCUUGAUGGUGCAGCUGUAUAACUUUUUGAGGAUCUGGGGACCCAUGCCAAAUCUUUUCAGUCUCCUGAGGAGGAAAAGGUGUUGUGCCCUCUUCACAACUGUCUUGGUGUGUUUGGACCAUGAUAGUUUGUUGGUGAUGUGGACACCAAGGAACUUGAAACUCUCGACCCGCUGCAGUUCAGCCCCAUCUAUGUUAAUAGGGGCUAGUUCGGCCCUCCUUUUCCUAUAGUCCACAAUCAGCUCCUUUGUCUUGCUCACAUUGAGGGAGAGGUUGUUGUCCUGGCACCACACUGCCAGGUCUCUGACCUCCUCCCUAUAGGGUGUCUCAUCGUUGUUGGUGAUCAGGCCUACCACUGUUGUGUCGUCGGCAAACUUAAUGAUGGUGUUGGAGUCGUAAUUGGCCACGCAGUCGUGGGUGGACAGGGAGUACAGGAGGGGACUAAGCACGCACCCCUGAGGGGCCCCAGUGUUGCGGAUCAGCGUGGCAGAUGUGUUGUUGCCUACCCUUACCACCUGGGGGCGGCCCGUCAGGAAGUCCAGGAUCCAGUUGCAGAGGGAGGUGUUUAGUCCCAGGGUCCGUAGCUUGGUGAUGAGCUUUGUGGGCAGGUUACCUUUGCUUUCUUGGGCACAGGGACUAUGGUGGUCUGUUUGAAACAUGUAGGUAUUACAGACUCUGUAAGGGAGAGGUUGAAAAUGUCAGUGAAGACACUUGCCAGUUGGUCUGCGCAUGCUUUGAGUACACGUCCUGGUAAUCCGUCUGGCCCCGCGGCUUUGUGAAUGUUGACCUUUUUUAAGGGCUUGCUCACAUCGGCUACGGAGAGCGUGAUCACACAGUCGUCCAGAACAGCUGGUGCUCUCAUGCAUGCUUCAGUGUUGCUUGCCUCGAAGCGAGCAUAAAAGGCAUUUAGCUCGUCUGGUAGGCUCGCGUCACUGGGCAGCUCGCGGCUGGGUUUCCCUUUGUAGUCCGUAAUAGUUUUCAAGCCCGGCCACAUCCGACAAGCGUCAGAGCCGGUGUAGUAGGAUUCAAUCUUAGUCCUGUAUUGACGCUUUGCCUGUUUGAUGGUUCGUCUGAUGGCAUAGCAGGAUUUCUUAUAAGCGUCUGGAUUAGUGUCCCGCUCCUUGAAAGCGGCAGCUCUAGUCUUUUAGCUCGGUGCGGAUGUUGCCUGUAAUCCAUGGCUUCUGGUUGGGAUAUGUACGUACUCUGCUGCUAUUAAUAAGAGCCUGAAGGUGGAGGGGCUGUAAAUAAACAAGUUCAGUUGCGUGUUAUGAGUGCAAGAAAUGUGGAGCAAUGGAGAAGAUAUACGGUUGUUUCCCUUGGAGACAAUGGAUUUAAAACAGAGUUAAUCUCUGUGUACUGCAUGUUAAAAUAGAUGGAAGUUGAAAGGCUUGUAUGGUUAUAAUACAGCUGCACAGUUGGAGCAGUGGUUCUGUUACAACUGGCUAUAUUCUGCCAAGUAUGGAAGGGCUGUGUGCCCUCUUCCCAUGACAAUAACCUUGGCACCUGCUAGUGAUCUGAUCUAAAUAUGGCACCUGCCAGUGCCAAUCAUCUUCUUUACUAUGUGCCAAGACAGUUUGGCACCGACAGUUUUAUUAUUAUUAUACAGUUUGGCAAAACGUAAUACAGUUGAAUUCUAAACAGACCCAAACCUGUCCGGUAUAAUCGAUUUGUUACCUAGCUACCUGUUUUAAUAGGGCUAUAACAGCCUCAUGUGAGUCAUCCCUCCUCUCCUGGUGUCGUCUGUCAGGGAGAAGCCAGGCCACCGGGCUCCAGACCCGUUCCCACAGCAAGACUUGGGCGAGCACUUGGCCCUGGGCAGCACCGAGGCCCUGGCCAACGGCAGCAAGGCUGACCUGCAGGCCGCCAAGCGCCUGGCCAAACGCCUCUUCAACCUGGAUGGCUUCAGGAAGUCUGACGUGGCCAGGCACCUCAGCAAGAAGUGAGUUUACUGGAACACUACAUUUAGGAUAGAUACCUGUUCGUCUGUGUGUGUGUGUGUGUGUGUGUGUGUGCGUGAGCGCUCAAAUCAAAUUCUAUUGGUCACAUACACAUAUUUAGCAGAUCUUAUUUCGGGUGUAGUGAAAUGCUUGUGUUCUAAAAGUAAAAUAAUGGAAUUAAGAAAUAUAUACAGUUGAAGUCGGAAGUUUACAUACACCUUAGCCAAAUACAUUUGAACUCAGUUUUCACAAUUCCUGAUAUUUAAUCCUAGUAGAAAUGUCCUGUCUUAGGUCAGUUAGGAUCACCACUUUAUUUUAAGAAUGUGAAAUGUCAGAAUAAUAGUAGAGAGAAUGAUUGAUUUAUUUUAGCUUUUAUUUCUUUCAUCACAUUCCUAGUGGGUCAGAAGUUUACAUACACUCAAUUAGUAUUUGGUAGCAUUGCCUUUAAAUUGUUUAACUUGGGUCAAAUGUUUCGGGUAGCCUUCCAGAAGCUUCCCACAAUAAGUUGGGUGAAUUUUGGCCCAUUCCUCCUGACAGAGCUGGUGUAACUGAGUCAGGUUUGUAUUCCUCCUUGCUCGCACACGCUUUUUCAGUUCUGCCCACACAUUUUCUAUAGGAUUGAGGUCAGGGCUUUGUGAUGGCCACUCCAAUACCUUGACUUUGUUGUCCUUAAGCCAUUUUGCCACAACUUUGGAAGUAUGCUUGGGGUCAUUGUCCAUUUGAAAGAUCCAUUUGCGACCAAGCUUUAACUUCCUGACUGAUGUCUCGAGACGUUGCUUCAAUAUAUCCACAUAAUGUUCCUUCCUCAUGAUGCCAUCUAUUUUGCGAAGUGCACCAGUCCCUCCUGCAGCAAAGCACCCCCACAGCAUGAUGCUGCCACCCCCGUGCUUCAUGGUUGGGAAGGUGUUUUUGGCUUGCAAGGUCCCCCAUUUUCCUCCAAACAUAACGAUGGUUAUUAUGGUCAAACAGUUCUCUUUUUGUUUAAUCAGACUAGAGGACAUUUCUCCAAAAGGUAUGAUCUUGCAAACCGUAGUCUGGCUUUUUUAUGGCGGUUUUGGAGCUGUGGCUUCUUCCUUGCUGAGCGGCCUUUCAGGUUAUGGCGAUAUAGGACUAAUUUUACUGUGGAUAUAGAUACUUCUGUAACUGUUUCAUCCAGCAUCUUCACAAGGUCCUUUGCUGUUGUUCUGGGAUUGAUUUGCACUUUUCGCACCAAAGUACGUUCAUCUCUAGGAGACAGAACGCGUCUCCUUCCUGAGCGGGAUGACGGCUGCGUGGUCCCAUGGUGUUUAUACUUGCGUACUUUUGUUUGUACAGAUGAACGUGGUACCAUCAGGCGUUUGGAAAUUGCUCCCAAGGAUGAACCAGAGUUGUGGAGGUCUACAGUUUUUUUCUGAGGUCUAGGCUGAUUUCUUUUGAUUUUCCCAUGAUGUCAAGCAAAGAGGCACUGAGUUUGAAGGUAGGCCUUCAAAUACAUCCACAGGUACACCUCCAAUUGACUCAAAUUAUGUCAAUUAGCCUAUCAGAAGCUUCUAAAGCCAUGACAUCAUUUUCAGAAAAGUUUGUUAACAAGAAAUUUGUGGAGUGGUUGAAAAACAAGUUUUAAUGACUCCAACCUAAGUGUAUGUAAACUUCCGACUUCAACUGUAAAUAUUAGGGCAAGCAAUGUCGGAGUGGCAUUGACUAAAAUACAGUAGAAUAGAAUACAGUAUAUACAUAUGAGAUGAGUUAAAGCAGUAUGUAAACAUUAUUAAAGUGACUAGUGUUCCAUUAUUAAAGUGGCCAGUGAUUACAUGUCUAUGUACAGUGAGGGAAAAAAGUAUUUGAUCCCCUGCUGAUUUUGUACGUUUGCCCACUGACAAAGAAAUGAUCAGUCUAUAAUUUUAAUGGUAGGUUUAUUUGAAAAGUGAGAGACAGAAUAACAACAAAAAAAUCCAGAAAAACGCAUGUCAAAAAUUUUAUAAAUUGAUUUGCAUUUUAAUGAGGGAAAUAAGUAUUUGACCCCUCUGCAAAACAUGAUUUAGUACUUGGUGGCAAAACCCUUGUUGGCAAUCACAGAGGUCAGGCGUUUCUUGUAGUUGGCCACCAGGUUUGCACACAUCUCAGGAGGGAUUUUGUCCCACUUCUCUUGCAGAUCUUCUCCAAGUUAUUAAGGUUUCGAGGCUGACGUUUGGCAACUCGAACCUUCAGCUCCCUCCACAGAUUUUCUAUGGGAUUAAGGUCUGGAGACUGGCUAGGCCACUCUAGGACCUUAAUGUGCUUCUUCUUGAGCCACUCCUUUGUUGCCUUGGCCGUGUGUUUUGGGUCAUUGUCAUGCUGGAAUACCCAUCCACGACCCAUUUUCAAUGCCCUGGCUGAGGGAAGGAGGUUCUCACCCAAGAUUUGACAGUACAUGGCCCGUCCAUCGUCCCUUUGAUGAGGUGAAGUUGUCCUGUCCCCUUAGCAGAAAAACACCCCCAAAGCAUAAUGUUUCCACCUCCAUGUUUGACGGUGGGGAUGGUGUUCUUGGGGUCAUAGGCAGCAUUCCUCCUCCUCCAAACACGCCGAGUUGAGUUGAUGCCUAAGAGCUCCAUUUUGGUCUCAUCUGACCACAACACAUUCAACCAGUUCUCCUCUGAAUCAUUCAGAUGUUCAUUGGCAAACUUCAGACAGGCAUGUAUAUGUGCUUUCUUGAGCAGGGGGACCUUGCGGGCGCUGCAGGAUUUCAGUGUUUCACGGCGUAGUGUGUUACCAAUUGUUUUCUUGGUGACUAUGUUCCCAGCUGCCUUGAGAUCAUUGACAAGAUCCUCCCGUGUAGUUCUGGGCUGAUUCCUCACCAUUCUCAUGAUCAUUGCAACUCCACGAGGUGAGAUCUUGCAUGGAGCCCCAGGCCGAGGGAGAUUGACAGUUAUUUUGUGUUUCUUCCAUUUGCGAAUAAUCGCACCAACUGUUGUCACCUUCUCACCAAGCUGCUUGACGAUGGUCUUGUAGCCCAUUCCAGCCUUGUGUAGGUCUACAAUCUUGUCCCUGACAUCCUUGGAGAGCUCUUUGGUCUUGGCCAUGGUGGAGAGUUUGGAAUCUGAUUGAUUGAUUGCUUCUGUGGACAGGUGUCUUUUAUACAGGUAACAAACUGAGAUUAGGAGCACUCCCUUUAAGAGUGUGCUCCUAAUCUCAGCUCGUUACCUGUAUAAAAGACACCAGGGAGCCAGAAAUCUUUCUGAUUGAGAGGGGGUAAAAUACUUAUUUCCCUCAUUAAAAUGCAAAUCAAUUUAUAACAUUUUUGACAUGCGUUUCUCUGGAUUUUUUUGUUUUUAUUCUGUCUCUCACUGUUCAAAUAAACCUACCAUUAAAAUUAUAUACUGAUCAUUUAUUUGUCAGUGGGCAAACGUACAAAAUCAGCAGGGGAUCAAAUACUUUUUUCCCUCGCUGUAUAUAGGGCAGCAGCCUCUAAGGUGCAGGGUUGUGUAACCAGGUGGUAGCCAGCUAGUGAUGGCUAUUUAACAGUCUGAUGGCCUUGAGAUAUAAGAUAUUUUUCAGUCUCUCGGUCCCAGCUUUGAUGCACCUGUACUGACCUCGCCUUCUGGAUGAUACUGGGGUGAACAGGCCAUGGCUCGGGUGGUUGGUGUCCUUGAUGAUCUUUUUGGCCUUCCUGUGACAUUGAGUGCUGUAGGUGUCCUGGAGGGCAGUGUGCCCCCGGUGAUGCGUUGGGCAGACAGCACCACCCUCUGGAGAGCCCUGCGGUUGCGGGCGGUGCAGUUGCCGUACCAGGCGGUGAUACAGCCCGACAGUAUGCUCUCAAUUGUGCAUCUGUAAAAUUUUGUGAGGGUCUUAGGGGCCAAGCCAAAUUUCUUCAGCCACCUGAGGUCGAACACCACACUGUCUGUGUGGGUAGACCAUUUAAGAUUGUACUUUUUAAAUAGUUUUUUGUGGUAUUUGUACUUUACUAUUUAUAUAUUUUUUUACAACUUUUACUUUUACGUCACUACAUUCCUAAAGAAAAUAAUGUACUUUUUACUCCAUACAUUUCCCUUGACACCAAUGUUCCAGGGCAGCUCCCCAUGGACUGCCGCUUGAAGAAAAAUCAGCCUGCACAAGUUUGAACUUCACUCAACUUUCUAGAGUUUUCCCUGUUAGUUAACACUCCUCGGAGUAGGAUUCUAUUGCGACUCAUGCCCAUAUUCUACACACCGGUGCGCCAUAACCAAUCAGAGCUGCAGUAGGCCUAUAUGCAAAUUACCAUUGCCAUAUAUGGAUUUGUGCCAUUCACUUUGAACUGGACUGUUUUACAGCAUGAGGUUGUGAUUAGUAUGUGCUUGUUUUGAGAUCAAAGCCAGAGCUGCAUGUAGCCACGUUAACAUUUGUUUAUAUUUUUGGCUAGUUAGUGAGUUAUUAGCCCAGUUAUAGCUAAUUUGUAGUCAACAAUGUGGGAGUGAUUGCUUCCUACAAGAGCACAAAACAUGUACAUUUCUAGCCAUCUUUGAAAAGCGAGUCAAGUAAAGAGCUUUUUUUUAUGUCUUAAAGGGGCAGUGUUGUAUUUUGAGACCGGCUUGGAUAACUUAAGUAGCCAAUAGGCAGACGGUAGCAUAACUUGUCUGAUUCUCUGUAAUAAUGGUAUGAGAAUAAUAAUGCAUUUUAUUUUGUAAAGUGGUUUCUUGCAUCAAACAACACAACAAAAUGUUCAGUCACCUCCUUGUCUGAAGGACAAGUGGAUAAACAGGUUAAUGUCAAGCCCUGCAUGUUUUUUUCAAAAAUCUCAUAUAGGCCUACAUUGAACACCACACAUUGGCUGCUACUGUAGGCUGAAUGAUAGAACCACUAUUUCCAUGUUAAAAUGUUAUGUGAUACAUUUUCUCCAUUGUUUUUUAUGGUAGGCCACUCUGGUAGGCCUACAUUAUGAUCAAAAAGCCACAGUAGCCUACUUGGCCACAGUUAAACAGUAAAUUAAAGCAGGUACAGCCUCAGUGUUCACAGUAAACACGCCAGAAGUUGCACAGAAAUUUCACAAGGUUCAGGUUUGUGCUCAGUAGACCUGAAAUUUGCUCAGGGCUGAAAAAUAUUAGAGGGAACAUUGCUUGACACCCAAAACUACUCGUUACAUUUUGACUGCUUAGCAGGACAGAAAAUGUGUCCAAUUCACACACUUACCAAGAGAACAACCCUGGUCCUCUCUACUGCCUCUGAUAUGGCCGACUCACUAAACACAAAUGCAUCAUUUGUUAAUUGUUGGAGUGUCCCCCUGGAAAAUUGUGCCGCCUGGUUUGCUUAAUAUACAGUACCAGUCAAAAGUUUGGAGACACCUACUCAUUCAAGGGUUUUUCUUUAUUUUUACUAUUUUCUACAUUGUAUAAUAAUAGUGAAGACAUCAAAACUAUGAAAUAACACAUAUGGAUAGUAACCAAAAAAGUGUUAAACAAACAAAUAAAAAUAUAUUUUAAAUUUGAGAUUCUUCAAAAAGCCAGCCUUUGCCUUGAUGACAGCUUUUCACACUCUUGGCAUUCUCUCAACCAGCUUCACCUGGAAUGCUUUUCCAAUAGUCUUGAAGGAGUUCCCACAUAUGCUGAGCACCUGUUGGCUGCUUUUAUUUCACUCUGCCGUCUGACUCAUCCAAAACCAUCUCAAUUGGGUUGAGGUCGGGGGAAUGUGGAGGCCAGGUCAUCUGAUGCAGCACUCCAUCACUCUCCUUCUUGGUAAAAUAGCCCUUACACAGCCUGGAGGUGUGUUGGGUCAUUGUCCUGUUGAAAAACAAAUGAUAGUCCCACUAAAGCCAAACCAGAUGGGAUGGCGUAUCGCUGCAGAAUGCUGUGGUAGCCAUGCUGGUUAAGUGUGCCUUGAAUUCUAAAUAAAUCUCACAGUGUCACCAGCAAAUCACCCCGACACCAUAACACCUCCUCCUCCAUGCUUUACGGUGGGAAAUAAACAUGCAAAGAUCAUCUUUUCACCCACACCGCGUCUCACAAAGCCACGGCAGUUGGAACCAAAAAUCUCCAAUUUAGACAAAUUUCCACCGGUCUAAUGUCCAUUGCUCGUGUUUCUUGGCCCAAUCAGGUCUCUUAUUAUUAUUAUUGGUGUCCUUUAGUAGUGGUUUCUUUGCAGCAAUUCGACCAUGAAGGCCUGAUUCACACAGUCCCCUCUGAACAGUUGAUGUUGAGAUGUGUCUGUGACUUGAACACUGUGAAGCAUUUAUUUGGGCUGCAAUUUCUGAGGCUCUAAUGAACUUAUCCUCUGCAGCAGAGGUAACUCUGGGUCUUCUAUUCCUGUGGCGGUCCUCAUGAGAGCCAGUUUCAUCAUAGCGCUUGAUGGUUUUUGCGACUGCACUUGAAGAAACUUUCAAAGUUCUUGAAAUAUUCCGUAUUGACUGACCUUCAUGUCUUAAAGUAAUGGAUGGACUGUCGUUUCUCUUUGCUUAUUUGAGCUGUUCUUGCCAUAAUAUGGACAUGGUAUUUUACCAAAUAGGGCUAUCUUCUGUAUACCACCCCCCCAACACAACUGAUUGGCUCAAAUGCAUUAAGAAGGAUAUAAAUUCAACAAAUUAACUUUUAAGAAGGCACACCUGUUAAUUUAAAUGCAUUCCAGGUUACCUCAUGAAGCUGGUUGAGAGAAUGCCAAGAGUGUGCAAAGCUGUCAUCAAUGCAAAGGGUGGCUAUUUGAAGAAUCUCAAAUAUAAAAUAUAUUUUGAUUUCUUUUACACUUUUCUGGUUACUACAUGAUUCCAUAUGUGUUAUUUCAGAGUUUUGAUGUCUUCACUAUUAUUAUACAAUGUAAAAAUAAAGAAAAACCCUUGAAUUAGUUGGUGUGUCCAAACUUUUCACUGGUAGUGUAAGUAAUUAGAAAAUAUUUAUACUUUUACUUUUGAUACAUAAAUAUAUUUGAGCAAUUACAUUUACUUUUGAUACUUAAGUAUAUUUUAAACCAAAUACUUUUAGACUUUUACUCAAUUAGUAUUUUACUAGGUGACUUUGACUUGAGUCAUUUUCUAUUAAGGUAUCUUUACUUUUACUCAAGUAUGACAAUUGGAUACUUUUUCCACCACUGUGUGUGCGUAUAUGCGUGUUCUCGUAUAUGUGUUGCUUAAUACAAUAGAUAAUUACAGUAAAAGACUGUUUUGAUAUCUUUGGUUUGACUGGUCUAAUUGUCUGUAUUUUGUCAUUCUGCAGUAAUGAGUUUAGUCGGAUGGUGGCAGAGGAAUAUCUCAGUUACUUCAACUUCUCAGGCCUUACUAUUGACCAGGCACUACGGUGAGAUCUCUUUCAGUGGAAAUUGUCAAAAUAUGUACCAUAAUGUCCAAGUUAUUUUUUUGAAUGAAUGGUGAACACUCACAAUGCUGUAUGUCUUCCACAGAGCCUUCCUGAGGGAGUUUGCCCUCAUUGGAGAGACACAAGAGAGAGAGCGGGUGCUGGCCCACUUCUCUAGGAGAUAUCUACAAUGCAACCCCAAUGCAAUACCUUCUGAAGGUAAGAAGUGGUUACAGUUUAAGGCUUUUUAACAAAGAGACAUAUUACCGAUAUAUGCCACUGUGGGGCACUCUUAUGCUGAUAUUGCACUAGAACUCACUGAAACAUCUCUCUCUCUCUCUCUCUCUCUCCUCUCUCUCUCUCUCUCUCUCUCUCUAGGAAGGAUAUAUAGAGAUGAGAGUGGACGAUAGAAGAGAGAGAGAUCUAUAGAGAGCUAUAUAGACUUAGAGGCUCAGUAUAGAGCGUUCUCCAAUAUAUCUCUCAUACUCAUCUGCUCUAUCAUCUCUCUCUUCUCAGAUCUCUUCCAUCUUCUCUCUCGUCUUCUCAUCUCUCUCCUGUGCUCCUCUCUCUCAGGCCCUGCAUCCUUCUGCUCUCUCUCUCUCGGUCUUCAAACGCUCUUCUGAUCCUCAGGGGCUUCCUGCGUGUCGAAUCGCUCUACUCUUUCCUCCUGAAUAGCGUGCCACACGACCUGCAUGGCCAACUGCAGUCAUCUGUGGGUGAAGAUGGGGCCAGGAUGGCCUGGAGGCACAUGUUGAAUGUGGGUAACGACUGGCAAGUUCUCUGGUAAAAAUAGACCAUUGGCCGGGGGAAAAAAGCUUAUAAUACAUAACAUUCCCUAUAACAUUAAUACAGACCUAAUUGUUCUUCGAGGGGUCCUUAGCAGACAGUGUGAGUAAAGGUGCUUAUUUCUCUCUUCAAUUGGAAAGAGAUGUUCCUGUUUAUCAACCAAGGUAACAUAAGGACCUGUGCCACUGUUGAAUUAUUUCAAAAACAGACCUAUAUAGUAAUGUGGUUGAAGCACCAGACGUGCGCACAGUGGGAAUUGGUUUUGAACCAUUAACCACAGGGAAUCUCUUGAUAAAGAUAGCCGGUUCAUGAACAGGAGAAACGUCUUGGCCCUAGGUUUGUUUAAACAGAAUAACUUAUCCAUACUUGAAAUACAGCCUAAAGUUGUUUUUCGAGGGGUCCUUGAACAGGUGGUUAAAGGUUGUUUUUACCCUUUCAGAAUUAAAGAAGUGUCCAUUUUCAUGGGAAAUGGGGGCUCGCAUAAGGUAUUUUCCUGUUGUAGUGGAAGGGGUUUCUGUCUUUAAAAAAUAAGGAUAUUAAUGUGGUUUUGAACCACCUGCCAGUGGGCUUGGUUGCUAACAGAAACCAUGAUUGUUAUACCCAUGAGGUCAGGUAGCGUUAGAAGAUUUUUUCUCCCACUUUCCCCUCCUUUGCCCUUCACUCUCUUAGUCCCUGAUUUCAAGCCGUCAUCGUAUGAAGAGCAUGCAAGCUCAAACUAACUCCCCUCUGGUGUCCUUUACUCCCUCCGCAUUAUGUAUUUUCUUCUUCUUACUGAAAUUCGCUUUAAAAAUGAAAUGGUAGAACACCAUCUGAGCUGUUGUAUCUUCCCUCAUUCUCCAGUUUCAUUCAAGGAGGAGGUAUUAUUCUUUCUCUCCUCCAUUCACUCUCUCUCCAUCUCCUCUCACUCUCGACUCUCCUCUCUCGUCCUCCUCAUUGACGUCUUCCUCUCUUCUCCCGUCAUUCUCGUCUCUCUCUCUUUCACUCUCUCUCUCUCUUCCAUCGAACGGUGGACUUUCUCAGGACUCAUCGUCCGUAACUGAGUGGAGGGAAAGUGCCGAGGGAAAGGCGGAGGCGAGUCAGGAAGCCGUGACCCCCGAGGGAGAGGGCGAGGACGAGUCGAGAGAGAGCGCGGGAAGAGAUGGAGAGGAGACGACAGGAAAGAGGGAGAUACAAGGGAGAAGAAGAGAGUCCAGACGCUCUGAUCUCAGUUCGAUCAUCGCUCUCUCGAGAUCUCUCUCGUCUCUCUACUCUAUCUCUCUCUCUCUCUCUCUCUCCUCUCUCUCCCUCUGUCGUAUACCUCUGUUGCUCCUCUUACCUCUCUGUUCCACCUACCUCUGUGGGAGCUCAGCCCAGCUGCCCACAGAGAUGGUCAAACGUUGUUCCUCCUCAGACUCUCAGUUAACUUUUCAUAGCACAGCUGAGAUAUCACAAUGAUGAAAUAUUACGGGACGCUCUGCAAUCCACCUUUUGUUUGUCUCUUCUGCGUCACUAUCUUUCACGACCGACUGACCGAUUGACAUAUCCAUCUCUUCAUCAUACUGUAUCUUCAUCCAUCUGAUGUUUUUCAUCAUCCAUCCAUCCGUCUUUCAUCAUCCAUCUCUCCCUCUGUAAUGGAUUGUGCUGGUCUGUUAGGGGUAUUAAAGCAACACUCAGAGAGAUUGUCUAGGUCAACAGGUGUGUGUCUGUGUCUAUUGGUGCAGAGAGAGGAGGCUGGUACAGUACAGUAGUCAAUGGGGCAGGGCUCAUAUGGUAAAUGACUGGUGAUGGGUGAGAGGGAGGACAGGCCUCUCAGGAAAUGGGAAUUUGGCUGUCACAUGGUACCCCCUGCUGUGAUGAGCGUUUUGUCAUGACGUUAUCAGACAGGCGUUACAAAUCACUCUCUGUGUCUUUCUCACUCGCUGCUUCCUCCCUUUCUUUCUCUUUCUUUGACUCGCUCUCUUUCUUCCUCUCCAUAUUAUUCUCCAUAUCCUCUCUUUUCAUAACCUUGUUGUCAGUAUUUUGUGUACAGUAAUGUUAAUGUGUCUGUUGGGUGGUGAUUAUGCGGGUAAUGCUAAUGCGGACAGUGUGGUGUAUGAAAAUGUAUGCACUCACUACUGUAAGUCGCGCUGGAUAAGAGUGUCUGCUAAAUGACUAAAAUAAAAUAAUAAAGUGUACAUUUCCAUGUUUUUCUCUGGGUGCCAAGGGCAUAGUUCUCUGUUGCUGUGGUGCAUAUUAACACAACUCAUUACAGUGGAGAGGUUCACUUUGCUUCCCACAAGCAGCAUGUCACACUGUUCAGACCCGGAAUAUCCACUUCAAUGGGAUAGAUUGAUCAGAUUGAUUUAGAUAGACUGCCCUAAAAUAUAUAUGCCCAAUCCCAAAACAACCACUGCCCCUACCUUGUAUGCAGUUAUGUAGAUCUGAAAAGGUAGGCUAGGUAUAAGCAGUAUGGAAAUGGCUCCACCUUAACCUCUAGGCUAGGUAUCCAAUCCUAUCCAAUCCUUUCAAGUGCAUAGGGGGUCAAUUUGAGGCAGAGCAAUUGAACUCAGGCAAAAAAACAGUGUAAGGGUAAGAAGUAAAGCCCUGUCAACAUGAUGAAUUCCUUUGUAUUUUAGCCUCCAGUUGAAUGUAGCCAAAUCCAUCAGUGCUAUAAGCGCUAAGACACUGAUGGCUUUGCAAUGCUGAGAAAGAACAUUACUUCAGGUGCAGACUGUCUCAUGAGGGGGAAGAGACACACUACUCAAUAUGAUGUAUCAUGUAUAAUCAGGCUAUUACUUUUUGAGCAAUCAUUUUAGGAGCUCCUUCCAUUUUCUUAAUUGUAUUCCGCUGGAUUGGACUAGAAACAAACAGAUGAGUUGAAACAAACAGAUGAGUUGAAACAAGGUAAGAGCAAGGCCAGUCUUAACAAGAGGUAGAGGAACAGGUGCAGGAGAGUGGAUGGGUAAGGUCAGAGAGAGUAGUGCUGCUGAACACGGGCCUGAUAAAUGUCAAACAAAUUUUGGUAGAGCUGCUGAGUAAAUAAGCAGAACUAGUCAUCCUCUGAUAAGACCGCUGCUUCUUUUCAUUUUGGGCUGGAUGGAAUAGCACCUCUGUAUGAAUGUCAACCCCCCUACCAUCCCAGUGGACCGACCAGACUGUGAGAGAUCUCUAUCUGACAGGCUACCUUCCAGAGGAUUAUUCAGUGACCUGGAAAUGUUAGUUCUCAAUCAGGAGUUUAUGAUUAUUUUGGCGCGUGUGUGCGUGCGUGUGUGCGUGCGCAUUUCGCAGUGAGUUUCUGUUUAAUGGUUUUACAUUAUGUUCUAUACAUUCCUCAUCCCAUAGGUUAUCAUUUUCUGUCCUCUUUGUAUAGCCUACAUCUCAGCCCACAAAAUAGUUGCAUUAUCUGGAAGGCAGAUUUCUUCCAAAGACUAUUAAUUACUGUAUUAUAAAGGCACCAUUGUACAUCAUAAUUGUACCUGGACUGAGCAUUCCUUUCUUUUACACUGUUAGACUGGUGGAAAUGGAGUGUGAAAAAUACCUGCAUUUUAAGAAAACAGUGAUAUGGAGGCAAAUGAUUGACACUAAAAGGAGGGAGGGAUCUGAACAGAAACAUGAACCGGGAUUUGCUGCUCAGCCGGAGAGAAAUGCGCAUUGAGAGAGAGAGAGGGAGAGAUAUGGAAAAAGAGAGGGGAGGGAGAGAGUGAGGAGAGAGAGGGAGCUCUUGGUUCUCAUCAUUAGCUUUCUUUUGUCACUGUGAUUCAGUCUGUUUUUUCAUCUGCAGCACACAGGGAAAUAGAACAGCAGUUAUUGAAAAGAGGGAGAUGAAAGGAGUGCGAAGCACAGACGCAAUAUUCUCUCCCGACUCGCAUAUAGAGGGAUUUUCUGAGGGAAAUAGAGAUUGACGCAUACGGAGAAGAAAUAAGUGGAUGCGUGAGAACUAUUUACAAGUUUGAAGACGAACCAGUAAAGAGGAGAGGAUCUAGGAACGGACAGAACAAAGAGAGAGGGAGAGGGAGAGAGCGGGAGGGGACCUGUUCAGUCCCUCAUCAUCAAGGCACCAGCCUGUCAUUAUUAGAGAGCAACAGGAUAGUCCGAGUCUCCAACAUCUGUACUGCCUUGGAUACAGCAUCUGUAUUGUCAAGCCUUGGAUACAUGUUGUUAGUUCCAAUAGGACGUGAGGUGGCGUCAGUUUGAGCGUUCUCUUUGACAGCUUGCCUGCAAGUGAGUGGGUGGAAUUCUCUCCCUCCACCCGCUCUAUCUGGUUUGGUGUGUGUGUGAGUGUGUGUUGGGAGUGUGUGAGUGUGUGUUGGGAGUGUGUGUGCUGAUGUUUGUGCGGGUAAACUCAGUUGCUCGCUUGCUCACUGCUGUCUCAUGGUUGUUAUGGUCGUCUAGUCAUCCUUCGGCCUCGUUAACUGGGAUGUUGUUCACCUGUGUGUGUAUGUAAGUGCAUAGGUCUGUGUGUUUUGUGUGACUCUUGAGUAUCAUUAGUUGUUACGGAGUGUAUGGUGGAUCUGUAUGUAUGUACCAGCUCUUGAAUAGCAUAUUGGCAACUGCAUUACAUCCUUCCAGAAAGACCUCCACCUUCAUAGACUUGACACAGAAUGAUGCCACAGCAAGAGGCAGUUGCACACCACUGUUUCUCCAUACAUACAUAAUGAAUGCAUAUGGAUCCAUUAUGCAGGAACUGGAGUCCCAUCGGAGGGCUUGAGGCCCAUGUUAACCUAAUCAGUAGUUUCCUCAAUAGUCCAGUGAAGCGCUGUUCGUAAGACAGACCCCCGUUGUCAACCACCAGUGGCAAAGUGUCUGAGAGCCACCUCUCUCUCGCUCUCCUAUCUUUACCUUCAACUGAAUCUCUACGUUUUGGUGUUAAGCUUCGAAAGAGGCCAUAUACAGAAUCCGUGGAGAGAAAAGGGAUUAUCUCGCAUUAUCCAUCCCUCUACAAUCUCUUAUCCUCUGGACUCUGCUCCCAUUUGUGCAUUAUCAUGAUUGGUGUAAACAGCAUCCACUCUGAUGGGCGGAAUCGCUCCCGCUCUCUUUGCUCUGUGCGUGUUCGGCGGGACUUCCGGGUGA